UUUGGUCGGACCGGAAGUGGCUCUGUAAGCUGAGGCCUCGCACUUCCAAUGGCGACUGAAAACUGGCUGAACGGAAAGCGGGAGCGAUCACGAAGGAGCCCUGAACCGUGCAGUCGGAAUUAAACACAUUUAUCAGCGGGUAUCGAGACAUUAACACAAGAUUCAGGAGAAGAACUAAGUUACGGCUGACAGAAUGGACAAAAGAGCGAAUAUUUCGCCCCUUGAAUCGGAGCUUUAUUAUCUCAUUUCUCGUUUUUUAACAACCGGUCCGUGUCAGAGAGCUGCUGAGGUUCUCGUGAGUGAACUGGAGGAACAUCAGCUCCUUCCUCGUAGAGUGGAUUGGGAAGGAAAUGAACACCCCAGAUCAUAUGGAGACUUGAUUGCUGCCAACAAGCAUAUUGCACCAGACCACUUGCUGCAGAUAUGUAAGCAGAUUGGUCCGGUCCUUGACAAGCAGGUGCCGUCUGGUUUGCCUGGAGUGCAUUCUCUGCUGGGUACAGGGAGGCACUCCGUACUUCGGACAGCUAAAGAUUGUGGCCGUAGCCGAUGGAAAAGCUCGACUUUUGCUGCACUUCAUCGAGGAAGACCACCAGAGAGGCCUUUAAGCUGCAGGGAUGCACCAAAUCUGGUGGAGGUGUGCAGAGGCAGGGAGUUGACAGGCACUCAGCGUUUCAGCUUUGUCCAUCCUGUCAGUGUAUAUCAGAACAUCAAAUUGCACAGGAGGAUUCUGGGACAUCUCUCAGCUGUUUACUGCAUCGCCUUCGACCGAACAGGAUCCAGGAUUUUCACGGGUUCAGAUGAUGCCUUGGUAAAAAUUUGGUCCUCCUUUGAUGGGAGGCUCCACUCCACUCUGCGAGGACACCAUGCUGAGAUCUCAGACCUCGCUGUCAACUAUGAGAAUACACUCAUUGCAGCAGGGAGCUGCGAUAAAACCAUCCGAGUCUGGUGCCUUCGUACCUGUGCCCCAGUGGCAGUGCUGCAGGGUCACAGUGGAUCUAUUACCUCUUUACAGUUUUCUCCAUUUGCCAAGGGCUCCAAAAGGUACAUGGUUUCUACAGGAACUGAUGCCACUGUCUGCUUCUGGCAGUGGGAUGUAAUGAACACCACUUUCAGUGACCGUACAGUGAAGUUUACAGAAAGGCCGAGACCCGGUGUUCAGAUGGUGUGUUCCUCAUUCAGCCCAGGAGGCAUGUUCCUAGCCACAGGGAGCACUGAUGAUGUAAUCAGGAUUUACUACAUGGGCAGCGGGAAUCCGGAAAAAAAAGCAGAGCUUAACUCACACACAGACAAAGUUGACAGCAUCCAAUUCUGUCAUACAGGAGAGCGGUUUGUAAGCGGCAGCCGUGACGGCACUGCUCGCAUCUGGAAGCUGCAUCAGAGACAUCAGUGGAGAAGCAUUUUGCUGGAGAUGUCUGCCACUUUACCAGGAACUGUGCCUGCAGAAGAAGAGAGCUUCUUCAAACCCAAGGUUACCAUGGUGUCGUGGGAUCGUCAUGACAACACCGUUAUCACAGCGGUCAACAAUCAUCUCCUUAAAGUGUGGAACUCCUACACAGGGCAGCUGUUACACGUGUUAAAGGGUCAUGAGGCAGAGGUGUUUGUGCUGGAGCCACAUCCAUAUGAUCCCCGUGUCAUGCUGUCUGCAGGUCACGAUGGCAACAUUUUCAUAUGGGACCUCAUCCGGGGCACAAAGACUCAUCACUACUUUAACAUGAUUGAAGGGCAGGGGCAUGGUGCUGUUUUUGACUGCAAGUUCACCCCUGAUGGUCAUCGCUUUGCCUGUACAGACUCUCAUGGUCACCUGGUCAUUUUUGGAUUUGGGAGCUCCAAGCCUUAUGAAAAGCUUCCAGAUCAGGUGUUUUUCCACACUGAUUACCGUCCAUUGAUCCGGGACUCCAACGGCUUCGUGUUAGACGAGCAAACACAACAGGCCCCUCACCUUAUGCCCCCACCCUUCCUGGUGGAUGUUGACGGGAAUCCUCAUCCUCCCAAAUAUCAGAGACUUGUGCCAGGGAGGGAGAACUUUACAGAUGAGCACCUUGUUCCUCAGCUUGGUUACGUUGCUACAAGUGAUGGUGAGGUGGUUGAGCAGGUGAUCAGCCAACAGCCUGCUGAGAGUGAGGAUCCUCAGGCACGCCGGAGUGUCUUGGAUGACGCCAUCCGCCUGCUCCGGGAUCAACAGGACCAGCAGGCUGCAAGGCAGCAGGGAACCCCCAGAAGAGUGUCUUUGGGUGAGAGGAUGGAGGUACAGUCUCCACCUAACGUGGGGCUUCGGCGCAGUGGGCAAGUGGAGGGAGUGCGUCAGAUGCAUCAAAACGCACCACGUAGUCAGAUGGCAACGGAAAGGGACUUGCAGGCAUGGCGGCGCAGGGUGGUGGUGCCUGAACUCACCUCCAGUGCAUAUAGGGAUCAGGAGUCCUACAGAAUCUCUAAGGGUGAUGAGGAGAUUGUCCUCUACAACUCCAAGAAACACAGAAUUGCUCAAAACUCCUUUAGGGACGACUCGGACGAUGAGGCGGUGUGCACUAAGCGUGCACAGCCACGCAAGCGGCAUCGCAAUGUGGGCAGCACGAACAGCUACGCAGAGAGUCUGAUCGAGUUUUCUUGUGAGGAGGGAGAGGAGACCGCUUCCUCUGAGGAGCAUGAACUUGAAGCUAGUGAUGUAGAUUCGUCAAAUGAAGAGGAAGAGGAGGAGUGGAAAAGUGACAGCUCAAGUCAUUCUUCCAGUGAGUAUUCUGAUUGGACAGCUGAUGCUGGCAUCACCAUGCAGGGGGUCAUGUCCUCCCGAAGACGUGCUCGUAGACAGAUUAGCAGUUCCGAGGAAGAGGAGGAGGAAGACAACAGCGCAGAGGAUGAGCAAACUGAACAAACACAGGAUGAGGAUGUGCCGUCCUCAUCUCCUCAGAAACCGAAGAGAAAAGCAAAAAGCAAAGCACCAAAGUGUCCAAAACCCAGGCCGACCCUAAACAGAGAGGUGUCCAACGAGUUUCGUCCCUCUGCCUGGAUUACUGAUGUCAUUCCUCGAAAGUCUCCUUUUGUUCCACAAAUGGGAGAUGAGGUCAUCUACUUCCGUCAGGGUCAUGAGGCCUAUGUUGAUGCAGUGUGCAGGAAUAAUUUGUACCCCAUAAACCUGGACAAACUUCCAUAUAAGAAGAUGGGUCUGAGAGACCAAGAGUUUGUUAAAAUAACCGGUAUCAAGUACGAGGUGUGUCCUCCGACACUGUGUUGCUUGAAACUGACGCAGAUUGACACUGGAACAGGCAAAAUAACAAACAAGUCUUUUUCUGUGAAGUAUCACGAUAUGCCUGAUGUUAUUGACUUCCUUGUUCUCCGCCAGAACUACGACGAAGCACGUAGCAGGAUCUGGAGGCCAAAUGAUUCUUUCCGGUCAGUAAUUGAUGAUGCUUGGUGGUUUGGGACCAUAGUCUGUCAGGAGCCGUAUCAGCCUGAGUAUCCUGACAGCCAUUUCCAAUGCUUCAAAGUCAAAUGGGACAAUGGUGAAAUUGAAAAGAUUAGCCCAUGGGACAUGGAGAAUAUUCCAGAGAAUGCUCAGCUUCCGGAGGCGGUGGGUGAUAGUGUACCAGUCACAGAUGAGGAAAGAGCUGACAUCCUGUAUAAACCACAAGAGGACGAGUGGGGAGGGAGGAGUCGAGAAGAUGAGUGUGCACGGAUCGUUGCUGGCAUAGACCAGCUCAUCACUAUAGAUAUUGCUGCACCCUUCUCUGGCCCAGUGGACCUCACUCAAUAUCCCACUUACUGUACUGUAAUCGCUUACCCCACUGACCUCGGCUCCAUCCGAAUGAGGCUGAAAACCAACUUCUACAGGAGACUAUCUGCACUAGUUUGGGACACGAGGUACAUUUAUUUGAAUGCAAGGACCUUCAAUGAACCACGUAGCAAAAUUGCACAAUCAGCAAAACUUAUAACGGAUGUCCUCUUAAAGUUCACCAGCAAGCCCCAUUGUACAGAUAUCAUGGAGAUUUACAAUGCAGUUGAAAACAUGGAGUACACUGAGGAUGAGGAUAUGGAGGAUGUUGAUGCACCAGGAACAUCUACUGGUCGAAGGGCACAUCAGAAGAUGGAGCCGGUACAGGACAGGGACGCAUGGAAGGAUGCAUGCAAACAGCUGCUGGAUUAUAUGUUUGAGUGCGAGGACUCUGAGCCUUUUCGACAGCCUGUAGAUCAGAACGAGUAUCAGGAUUAUUCAGAGAUCAUCUACACUCCCAUGGAUUUGGAGACUGUACGACGGACGCUUGAAGAAGAUCGCUAUGAAAACCCCACUGAACUAUGCAAAGACACCAGGCUUAUUUUUGCUAAUGCUAAAGUCUACACACCAAACAAACGCUCAAAGAUUUACAGCAUGACUCUGCGACUGUCUGCGUUCUUUGAGGAACGCAUUCGGAAAAUCAUCUCUGACUACAAGACUGCAGUCAAAAGCAGUUUAAAGCUGAGACGCAGUCAGAGGUUUAAAAAGAGAACCCUGCAGCAGGAACCCCUUUGUCUUCCUCCCAGGGUUGAAUCCACAAGUCAGAAGAGGGCUGCUGUUAAAACUCAGGAACAUUUGGAAGCACCUACAACCAAAUCUACCUCGGUUAAAGCUUCUACAGCGGAGCGCCAUCGCAGUAAGAAGAGAAGGAGGCUCAGUUCUACGUACACGUCGAUGGAGGACUCCAAUAAGAGUGCAUCAUCUCUGUCAGAAUCUGACAGUGACAGUGAAGUCUCAUUGAACAAAUCUAAGGAAGAAGAUUUCCCUUCGUCUUCUCAGCCAUUCAGACGUGAAACGAGAGCGACACGGAGAGCCCUGCAGAACAGAGAGGCAAAAAGGAAGAACGUCACUGAAAAUGGAAGUGAGAUUGACUGCUCAACUGGGGAUGAUGAUGAUGAUGACGACGACGAUGAAUAUUCUGGGAAGUCCAGUUUGAUAAAACGGUCGCAGUCGAGCAGAACCAAAAGCAGGAACGGCCGACACACUCGGAGCUCUGAGAAGAGAAAGCCAGAAGGUAGCGGUCAGGGGAACAGGUUUAGCUGCAGAUCGUCUCGUGCAGAGCGCAGAAGAGUUCAGCAGAGCAGUGGCUCUGACCCAGAAUGUUCUGAUGAGGAGGAGGAGGAGGAGGAUAUGGAAAAUGAAAAAGAGACCGACCAGAGUCGCAAGCCAAGGAAAACCGCUGUGGCUGCAGUCAGUAAGAUGAAGCUUAUGGAUGCAUCCGAGGAAGAGGACACUUCAGAGCAUAAAGCACGUUCCAGGACCAGCAAACGUGCUGCAGUUAUCCAGAGCAGCUCAGAAUCUGAGGAACAUGACCAGCAGGAGUCAAAUGAAAGUGAGGAUUGUGCCAGUGAGGAGGAGAAAAGUGAGGCCAGUGCUGACAGUGACUUCUCGGUUUCACAACAGAACGGCGAUAAUAAAAGAGUUAACCGUAGAUCAUCUCUGAGGAGAGUCGUGACAGAAGAUGAUUCUUCUCAUAUUAAUGGACACAGAAAGCACAGCCAAGACGAGAGUGAGGACAACAGCACUGAGGGAGAAAGUGAAAAUGAAAGCGUAGAUGAGGAGGAAGAUUCCAUCAGCAGGAGAAAGCUCAUCAGGAAAACGGCAAGAGUGGCGGUGUGUAAGAUCAAGCAGAUUAAUGAUAGUGAUGAGGAGGAUGAGAAUCACUGUAGAACCAGACGGCAGAGAAAUCAUCUGAGCAACACGAAUACUUCAAACAUGUCUGAUGAGGAAAUGGAGGCUCCAAUGGCUGAAGAGCACCCUCAUCAAAAUGGAAGAAAAUUAGACACACAGGACCUUAAAUACUCUGAGAAGAUGAAUAAAAUUACAUCAAAAAGCCAACAACUAGUAUCUGCCUCAAAAGCUCGUUCAGCUCCUGGAGCCAUAGCAUUAAAGACAGAUGUCAAGGAAUCCAGUGCAUCAAGGAGAAAAAUCAGGUCUGAAAAUGAAGGAAUAAAUGAGCUUGAAAGCAUUAGUGGAGGAGAAGAAAUCAAGAACAAAAAACGCUCACAGACAAGAAAGAACAAAUCCAGAAGAUCAGCCAAGUCUCAGAGUUUGGACGGCGACUCCAACAUUUCUGACUCUGAGGGUGAAACAUCUUCACAUCCGAGAAGCAGGAAAAAAGAGUCAGAUUCUUCUGAAGAGUGGCAUCAAAGUGAUGAAUCAGAAAAGGAUAAGAUGUCGUUUUCCAGAAGACCUACUCUCAGAGCCCUCCCCAAGAAGAAAUACAUCACAGACUCAGAGGAAGACCUGGAUUCUGAGGCAGAACGGCCGUCAAGGAACGGAAAGAGAAGCUGUGACUCGGCGAAAGACAGCGACAACCGGCGGCCAAAGCCAUCAGGAGCAUCGAAAAGGAAACAUAUCAGCACUUCAGAAUCUGAAGACAAAAUAGAAAAUGGUAACUUCAGUGAUGAAAGCGUCAGUGGCAAACCGUCAGGGAGGAAAGGGAAGCGGUUCAAGAAACUUUCAGAAUCCGAGAGCGAUUCUGGAAGCAGGGAGAAAGCGGCGAAUGGUCCUUCAAAAAGGCACCAAUCUGAGGAUGAACUCUCUGGAGGUGCUGGUCAGCAAGGAAGAAGGCAAUCUGGUAAACGGAAGCAAAGCAAGAGCUACAGCAGUGAUGACAGCUCAGACUCUGGGAGUCAGGAGGAGUCCAGCAAUGAGUCGCAGUUCUCCAGCUCAGGAUCACAAAGCAGUCCAAAAGGUUACGCCAUGGGGAGACUGAGGGAUCGGAAACGAGGAACCGCACGUCACAAACCAUCUGUUUCUGAUAUGGACAGUGACCAUUCCUAUGGAAAGCCUCAGAGAGCCACACGCAUCCGCACCCGGAACCUCGGCAAACGGACUGUAAACUACAGAGACAGCGAGUGAGAUGGUUGGCUGCGUAAGAGACACUAACUGGAGAACUUGAAGACAUUUGAUUGUCCCAAAAAAAGUAGCAGCACUGGAGUCCUCUACAUACUGUGAAUCAACUUCAGGGAUAUUUAUAUUUUCUGUUUGUGGGGGGAAAAGGGGGGAAAUAUAUGUAUAGAGCUGAAAUGUGAGCUACUGGUCUGGCUGCCCUUUUCUCUUUGUGAUUUGGCCACCAAGAAUAAUUAGAGGUGCAUUGUCUGUCUGGGUGCUAUCUUAAUAUACCUCCUGCUUAAUUGAGCAUAUUUUUGCUGGCUUGCACUAAAUGGCACACUGUACUGAGGAAUCUCAUACACUAGCUCUGUUAGAAACUCAGGGGUCAGCUACAUUUACCGUUUUCAGACUUGUAGGGUUUUUCUUUUCUUUUCCGCUUUUUUUUUUUUUUUUAUUUUUUUAUUUGUGAUAACCUUUCUUCCAUCAUUUGACACUUGCUUCUUUUUUUUUAAAGCCACAUGAAUCUUAUAUUGUAUUUGUCAAAGGAAUGAUUGAGCCAAUAUGUACAAAGUUUCCUUUUCCCAUUGCAGACUUUUUUUCAUCUGCAUCUUUCCAGAGUUUUUGGAGAAUUGGUUUGUAGCAAAGCUUUGCAUAUUUAAAAUUGUCAAGCAUUAUUUUGUAUUAAAUUUAAAUGCAUUGUCUUGCCAUAUAGUUAUAAAUUUGGUACAUGUUUUCAAAGUACAGGAAAUCAGUACUUGCUGCGAAACACAGUGAUUUCUCAUAUUGGGAAGAUGUUUGUCACCUGUUAUAUACUUUUCAGUAUUAAUUCAUUUUUCUGACUUAACUUAUGAACGGUAAAUAACUUUUGUACCCACUGCAUUUGAAAUGAAUAGUGUUGGAGAUGACGUACACCUGAGCUGACAUUAUUUCUUAAUGUCUUUUGCAAAAAAGCCAACUCUUUAGUUCAAGUUUUGCAGAUGUUAAGUCUAAUGGAACAUGGAUAGUGUGAGAGGUAAAUGCAUUUGAUGAAUAAAAUAGCCUACUGUUUAACGGCGAAA